AGCAGCAACAGCAACAGCAACAGCCAUCGCCCAGACGCAGCCGUGCGCUGUGCCCCGCGGCAGCCUCUGACACAAGCAACAACGGCUUAUCCGCGAUAGCGACAGCCGAUAGCGCCCGCAGCUGUUGUCCAGCUUGACACCACGGCUCUACCGUUCAGACAGAGGCACAUGUGCUGAGAGCCGGUGACGAGUCUGCCAAGAUGCGCAACCUUCGCAACAUCCGUCACCACACCUGGACGACACCCUCUGCCGAGCCCGUCAGUGUCCCCAUCUCGGCCACCUGCUGGGAUCCGGCCCAAGACCAGGUCCUCUGCACCUUUGGCCCCCGAGAGCAUGAUGGCCAGAUCCAGCUCGUCCGCGUGGUCGAGCAUGUCAGACCCUCUUCUGUUGAUGUGGAACAUGUAGAAGUAGCCUCAUGGCCAGCGCCAAGUCCAAACCCAGAUCUGCUGGUGGACCGCGUGGUCAGCUUGCACCACUUUGCCGACAAUGGCAGCACCUGCCUCGUCUUUGAGGGAGGCGACAUUGUCGUCGUCCAGGAGUCAGAUCCGGGGUCCAGCGAUGUCCACAUCGAGAUCAUGGGGUCCAUUGACGAGGGCAUCACCGCUGCCCGGUGGUCCCCAGACGAGGAGCUCUUGGCCAUUACCACCAAAGCCAACACUCUGGUCUUCAUGAGUCGAAACUUUGAAGGUGUCACGGACGCCACAAUGGGCCCGGAUGACUUGAAGCUCUCAAAACACGUCAAUGUUGGCUGGGGCAAGAAAGAGACCCAGUUUCAGGGCAAGGGCGCCAAAGCCAUGCGGGACCCCACGAUUCCUGAGAAAGUCGACGAGGGAAAGAUCAGCCCGACAGACGAUGGUUCCACCACGAUCAGCUGGAGGGGCGAUGGUGCUUACGUCGCUGUCAACUCGAUAGAGACUGGCGUACGGAGAGUGAUUCGUGUGUUCUCCAGAGAUGGAGUCCUAGACAGUGUCAGCGAGCCGGUAGACCACUUGGAAGCAGCUUUGAGUUGGCGGCCAUCAGGCAAUCUUAUUGCAGGGAUCCAGCGCAUCGGAGACAGGACAGAUGUUGUCUUCUUUGAACGCAAUGGGUUGAGACACGGCCAAUUCUCCUUGCGAGAUCCCAAAGACAGAUCUCUUGCACAAGACAGGAUACGGCUGGAGUGGAACUCCGACUCGACCGUCCUCGGCGUGGUGCUUCACGACAGGACACAGUUCUGGACGACGGGCAACUAUCAUUGGUACCUGAAGGCAGAGGCCAUUGAAGAGAGUCGGGCUCACCACUUGACGUGGCACCCGGAAAAGGCACUUCGGUUCGCGUCUGCCACUUCUGACAAGCUCGUCCUUGGCGAGUACAUCCUCGACAUAGCAAGAGGCUCUUUGGCUGCCCCAUAUGAUUAUGGAGCUGUCGCUGUGAUAGAUGGCAAUGUCUUGAAGCUGACUCCUUUCCGGACCGCCAACGUCCCGCCGCCCAUGGCACUUUUUGAGCUGCCAGCUCCUUCCUCGAUCUUGGAUGUUUCCUUCUCACCAGCAAACACAUACAUGGGACUGCUCCAUACUGAGGGUUUCAGCUUGUACGAAUGGAAACUGAAUGGGGAGCGAUCCCUGAAACCAGUCUUGAUUGGCUCUCUGGAUUUCCCCAAGACCGCUGGUGGCAGGACCACACCCCUGCAGAUAUUCGUGAGCGAGACCGGUAAUGUGUAUUGUCUUUGCCAUAACAAAAACUCCUUACUGCGAAGAUACGUCUUCGACAGCACCGUGGGAGACUUCACCACUGAGGACGGCAUGUAUGCCACAUCGCUAUCGGGCUUUGCGGGAAUCACACAGGCGAGCACGCGAGCUGUCCUAGCUUUCGAUUGCCUUGGCAAGCUACACAACGUAGCAGAUCAGGAAGAUGAAAUCUUCUCUGUACGGCUACCAUCCCAACUGCCGUGGACUCAAGUGGUGGACCUGGCUGGUCAGGUCAUUGCAUUCGGGCUGUCAAGGAAUGGCCACCUCUACGCCAAUUCCCGACUACUUCUGAAGAAUUGUACCUCGUUCUUAAUCACUACAGCGCACGUUGUAGUCACCACCUCAAACCAUCUUGUCAAGUUCAUCCACUUGACCGAUGUGGAGAGCAUGGAGGUUCCUCCAGAUGACCCCGAGACAGACGAGAGAUGUCGCAGCAUCGAACGCGGCGCUCGACUUGUCACGGCCAUGCCGACGAAUAUGUCUUUGGUCUUGCAGAUGCCUCGCGGUAACUUGGAGACCAUCUACCCACGCGCCAUGGUCCUUGCCGGUAUACGGCAUUUGAUCGAGCAGCAAGACUAUGCUGGUGCCUUCACGUGCUGCAGAACGCAGCGAGUGGACAUGAACAUUCUCUUCGACCACAGGCCCCAGCAAUUCUUGGAGAACACUGGAUUAUUCAUUGAACAGCUUGCGGAUAUCACAUACAUCGAUCUUUUCCUUUCGUCACUCAGAAACGAGGACGUUACGCAGUCCAUGUACCGAGACACAAAACCAGGUGCUAGCACAUCAGCCAGCGCCGAGCCUUCUACUGCAUCUGCCGACGCCGAGUCUCGCAAGGUGAAUAGGAUCUGCAACGCUGUACUGAGCUAUCUGAACUCCCGCAAGACUCUGGACAACGGCACGUUGCAGAACAUCAUCACAGCCAAUGUCUGCAAAGACCCGCCGGCAUAUGAGAGCGGUCUGCUUGUCGUGGCAAAGCUGAUGCAAGAGGACGAGAAACUGGCCGAGAAGGCGGUUGAGCACAUUUGCUUCCUAGCUGAUGUAAACACGCUCUACGAUGAAGCUUUGGGGCUAUAUGACCUGGAGCUCGCGACUCUGGUCGCUCAGCAGUCGCAGCGAGACCCGAGGGAGUACUUGCCAUUUAUUCAGGAUCUGCACAAGCUGCCUGAAAUCCGACGACAAUUUGCAAUCGACGACCACCUCAAGCGGAAAGAGAAGGCACUGGCGCAUCUCCAGGAACUUCAAGCACACGCCGAGGCCCAGGACUACACAGUCAAGCACACUCUCUACGGACCUGCCCUCAAGUUGUACCGCUACGACCCAGCCAAUCUCACCACGCUGACUGGCCUCUAUGCAACCUACCUCGAGAGCAUGUCUCGCUUCCGCGAGGCUGGCUUGACCUACGAGUCGCUCCAAGACUUUGCUGCCGCCACGCGGUGUUAUCGCGCCGCAGGCAGCACUUGUUGGCGCGAGUGUCUGUUCACCGCCAGCCUGCAGGAACCAGCGCUCUCUGCAGAAGCCCACGCCGACCUGGCCAUGGCUCUCGCGGAUGCGCUGUACGAGGCAAAAGACUACGUGUCGGCCGCGACGGUCCACAUUGAGCACCUCAAGUCCCUCGACACGGCAAUCCCAUACUUGUGCAAGGGCUAUCUCUUCGCCGACGCACAGCGACUAUGCGUCCUCCACAACCGGCCAGAACUCCUCGAGUCAGCCGUGGACACGGGUCUCGCAGAAGCCCUGAGCAGCAGCACAGAGUUCUUCGCAGACUGCAAGGCCCAGCUGAAAGCACAGUUGCCCCGGAUCCUGGAGCUGCGCCAGAAGGCCGCCGAGGACCCGCUGGCCUUCUACGAGGGCGAGCGGGCCGGGGGCAUCGACCUGCCCGACGACGUCUCGGUCGCCGCGAGCUCCCGCGUCAGCACCAGCGCGAGCUUGUUCACGCGGUACACGGGCAAGAACGGCAGCGUGGGCACCGCGGGGACCGGGGUGAGCCGUGCGACGAGCAAGAACCGGAAGCGCGAGGAGAAGAAGCGCGCGCGCGGCCGCAAGGGCACCGUCUACGAGGAGGAGUACCUGGUCAACUCUGUGCGGCGGCUCGUCGAGCGUGUCGAGGGCAACAAGGCCGAGACGGAGCGGCUGGUGUUUGGUCUCGUGAGGCGGGGCAUGAUGGAGCGCGCGAGGACGGUCGAGGCGCUCAUGGCGGAGGUCGUGGAGGCGUGCUCAGUCGCCAUACGCGAGGUGUUCCCUGCCGCUGCUGCUGCUGCUGCGGUCGCUGGCGGCGGUGUUGGUGGUGUUGGUGAAGGGGCCGGCCACCCAGAUGGAGGAGGAGGAGGAGGAGCAGUCACUGAUGAAGCAUCGUGGGAGCCGUCGGGCGCUGAUGCCGUACUGGCGGCCACGCUCGAGGCCAAAUGGCGCACCCAGGAGCCACCGGUCAUCACGGGGGUGCAGAAGCUGUCUAUUCUCGGGUCUUGAGAGUGCUGCGGCGACCCGUACAUGAAAUUAAAGUCUAGGUCAUGUUCUGUAGAGUCCUAGCAGUUAGUCUAGAUGAUAGAGCAUAUGGAUACAUCAUACGACACAAAUGAAGGAAAAGAAGAUGUAGAUGAAACCCCUUCAGAGAUACGGGCUUUCUAGAGUCCAUAGAUUUUCAUGCUUCUAUAGUCAGUACCAGGGUCCAUCACGCAUAGUCAUGAUUCAGACACAUUGAUCAAGGC